GGAUUUGAGAAACCUUUUGAUGCCUGCUGUGGAGGGGGCGGUCCCAAUAAUUCUGCUGUACCGUGCGGAGAUCCAGGUUUUACAGUCUGCAGCGAUCCAUCAAAGUACGUUAGCUGGGACGGAUUGCACCUAACAGAGGCGGCUUACAGGGAAAUUGCUCUUGGGUUAUUACAAGGAUCAUACACCACUCCUUCCAUGAACCAGGUAUGCCCGCACAUAGAGCAGUAUGCUUCUAAUCUCCGGAACGCUUCUAGCCGACCACCUGUGCAAACAUACAGUGCUGUUCUUUAGUGAAAAUAAUAACAACAAUAGCAAAAUAAUGAUAAUAAAUAAAUGUAGUUGAAUUAAAAAAAAAAAUGUAGCACUGUUUUCCUAAAAAAGUAGAGAAAACGAUGCCCUAUAUGUACUGUGGCCAUAGGGGGAUGUUCUCACACCUCAAAUAUUAUUUGUGUGCCAUUCACAUCCCACAAACUUGGGAAUUCCAUUGUUUGCCACAGUACAGAUGUUGUGGUAUUUUAUGGAGAACAAUGUACACUGUUUGACAUUAAUUAUUUGGGUGAUGUUUUCUCUUAUUAUUAUUCUUUAUAAAUGUGAAAGAUUGU